UCAUUCGAAUCACUAAACUGGGGCCAGAAUACCUCUGUAAAAUAACUGAUAACUACAUGCGAUUACGCCGUCAUCGUAAACUUUAUGUACAAACCAAAUCAGUUUAAUGAGAUUCGAACUUUCUGUCAACUACAAGCGACAUUUCGAAUACUUUAAUAUUGACAAAAAACUUAAGAACUCCUGAAAGAAGACAGCAUCCAGCCCGACUGGACCCGAUCGCCGCAGACUUGAGGGACAACCAUUGGCAAUCCUUUUUCACAAGCAGAGGUGAUCAGCAAUGGGAAGCAAGACUCUUGCGGCACCAGUUCCCCUCCAUCCUUCAUUACAGCUCGCCAACUACUCCCUGCUGCAAGCCUCCAAUGGCUUCCAGCUGCCCUCAGAUCACAUCCCCAACAUCUACAGCUUCAGCGCGCUCCACGCCGUGCACCUGCACCAGUGGACAUUGGGCUACCCGCCCAUUGCCCUGCCCCGCUGCACUUUCUCAAAGCUGCCAGGUCUGAUGGAUGCCCGUUUCCCCCUGCCCUCCAUCCUACCUCCGCUCUUCCCCAGCAUCAUCCAGCCCAAGCAGGAUUCUGCCGGACUGCAAGCCAAGAGCAAGCCCAGGUUCGACUUUGCCAACCUGGCCGUGGCGGCCACCCAGGAGGACCCCCUGAAGGCGGAGGACCUGAGCUCGCCACCAGCCAUCAGCUCCUUGCUGGACGUCACCAAGCUGUCGCCCGAGAGGAAGCCCAGCCGCGGCAGGCUGCCCUCCAAAACCAAGAAGGAGUUUGUCUGCAAGUUCUGCGGGAGGCACUUUACAAAGUCCUAUAACCUGCUUAUCCACGAGCGGACACACACAGACGAGCGGCCGUACACCUGUGACAUCUGCCACAAGGCUUUUAGGAGGCAGGACCACCUCAGAGACCACAGGUACAUCCAUUCCAAAGAAAAGCCCUUCAAAUGUCAGGAAUGUGGGAAAGGAUUUUGUCAGUCGCGGACGCUGGCAGUCCACAAAACCCUGCACAUGCAGGUCAAAGAACUAAAACCGCCAAAGAUAAAGUAAUAGCCAAGAUGUGUGGAUGACAAGAGUGACAUGGGGACACUGGAAAAAUGGGACCAAACAACCCAAAAAAAAGGACAGGAGAAGGGAACAUUGUUGCCUCUGAGUGCCUUAACAGCAGUUUAGAAGAAAAUGCAUAUGGCCUAGAAAGGAAAACUGUUGCACCACCAGCAAGGGGAAUGAACAGUGUACAGGAAAUCUACCAUUUCGCCUGCCAGCAACCAAAUGUUUUCUCAUGAGACCGAUAUUUCAUAGAGAUAAGAAGUUUUGGACUUAAAACUGUUAUUGACACUCAAUGAACGGAGUGCCUUGGACUGAAAAAAGCGUUUUUUAAGCAUUAACAUCUUCUUGUUGGGAUGCACAGAGACUUCAGCAAGCAUGUCAGAUCUGUGCUUUAUGUCCUGCACCGUGGACAACAGAAACAAGCUGCAGAAUGGAUGUAUGGGAUGUGAUUCAGGCAUUGUGGAUGUGACACUCUGGCAUUUUGAUCUGAACAUCACGAUACUGAUAUUCGAGUCUUGUGCAGCCUUUAUAAUCUCUAAAAUGACAACAGCCAUGGCAGAAUAAGUUUUUUCUUACUUUAAAGCUCACAUUCCAAUGUUUUUUGUACAGAUUUCUUUUAUGUAACUGUUA